GAUAAGGCUGACGCUGUGGCCACUCGAAGAGCAGCUGGUCCCACCCCCUCAUUUCGCUGAUGAGGAAGCUCAGCCCUACAGAGGGAAGUGAGUCUCUCCAGAGCAGGUUGGCGACCAAGCUGAGAGGAGAAAUGACAUCUCACAGCUCGCUCAGCUGCACCGCACCACCAGCAGGAGAGAACAUGAGCCACAACGAAAGCCAGCACUGUUCCUUUAGUGAUGUGGAUGAGCUGAUGAAAACCGUGCAGCUGGUGGUCCACAUCCCCACCUUCCUCCUGGGCCUACUCCUCAACCUGCUGGCCAUCCGAGGCUUCCGCACCUUCCUGAAGAAGAGGUGGCCGGAUUAUGCUGCCACCUCCAUCUACAUGAUCAACCUGGCUGUCUUCGACCUGCUGCUGGUGCUUUCCCUCCCGUUCAAGACCAUCCUGAACCACGUGCAGACUUCCUAUCCUUCCUUCUGUACUGUGGUGGAAUGCCUCUACUUCAUCAGCAUGUACGGGAGUGUCUUCACUAUCUGCUUCAUCAGUCUGGACAGAUUCUUGGCCAUCCAGUACCCGCUCCAGGCCAGCCACUUCCGGUCUCCCAGGAAGAUCUUCGGGAUCUGCUGCACCAUCUGGGUCCUGGUGUGGGCCGGGAGCAUCCCUGUCUACAGCUUCCAUGGGCAAGUGGAAAACUACAAAUGCUUCCACAACAUGUCCGAUGGCACCUGGAGUGCCAAGGUCUUCUUCCCCCUCGAGGUGUUCGGCUUCCUUCUUCCCAUGUCCAUUAUGGGUUUCUGUUCCUCCAGGAGCAUUCACAUUCUGAUUGGCCGUCGGGACCACACCCAGGACUGGGUCCAGCAGAAGGCUUGCAUAUGGACUAUCGCAGCCAAUCUGGCUGUCUUUGUGGUCUCCUUUCUUCCGGUCCAUCUGGCUUUCUUCCUGCAGUUCCUGGUGAGGAAUGGCUUCAUUGUGGAGUGCGGAGCCAAGCAGAACAUCAGCGUGUUCGUGCAGUUGUCCAUGUGUUUCUCCAACGUCAACUGCUGCCUAGAUGUUUUCUGCUACUACUUUGUGAUCAAAGAAUUCCGCAUGGACAUCAUGGCCCACCGGCCCUCCAGGGCCCAGCUCGUCCUCCAGGAUACCAUGACCACCAGGGGCUAAGAAGAAAGACCUGCUCAAAGAAAGGAAAUCCUAGCCCUGAAUUCCAGUAGUGGAUAUCCUGUUUCAAGGUUUGGGAUAUAGCGGGAUGAUAUGUGGCACAUUUACUAAUGUGCUUUCCCUUUUGAUGCUCAUGAACACUGUCUGUGCUACUUAUGCCCCAAAGACCUUUCUCCGGCACCCAGACGGCUUGACAUAAAUCACCCAGUAUUUGGGGAUCUCUGAAGAACCUAAGAACCAGGUGAAUUCUUGAUUUCUCAGUCCAAAAAGCAUGAAGCAGAAGAAUUGAGAAAGAAAAUGAGACCAUCUGAACAAGGCUGUUUCCCAACUCUCUCCUGUCCUUCUGUUAGACUAGAAGAUUCUGGAAGGGAAGAGACAAAGGAGUUAGGAAAGAGAAUCAAGAGGGUUGGUCAUUGGUGGAGUGGGUCCUGGCUAGAGAGGGAGCAGUAGGAUGGAUCAAGCUCGUUUUUAUUUUGGGGAUCCCAGGUGGAGCAGACUUGCACUUUCCGGUCCCUCUGGGCUCUGUUGGCCAACAACCUCGCAGAGAUGACAGCAAGUGGGGGUGAUCGAGGCAAAGCAAGUAUGCACAGAGAGCCUUGAUUUUCCUAUCGGCCUUAGAAAGGCCUGGGAAGCCAGCCAGACCUUCCCGUGCU